UACAAUUAAUAAUAUUUAUUUAUUUUUAUUUUUCAAUUGAAGCGCUUUGUGACAAAGAGAAGAAAUAAAGACGAAGACUUUCUCUGAGAAAGAGAAGAACAGUCGCCAUUGAUGAGUACCGAAGCUCUUUCCCGCGAAAUUAAAACUUGCCCAUUUCAUUUCCGAGUUGCCUAUUUAGAGUCCUUUCAACGCUUUCUUUUCUCUAUCUAUACAUCACAACGUUUCUUCACUCUCAAUCGCUGAAACGUUUGAAAUAUUCUCACAUUUUCCUUUCGUAUUUGGUUUCCUAAAAAGGAGCUGGAUAAUUAGGAAGUUGCUUCGAACCCAAAUAAACCGCAAAUGCGCGUGACUUGUACAUUUUACUAGUCAGAACUCUGAGAUCUCAUAUUGUUCCUUCUUCGUUCAAAGCUGUCUUACUUUCACUUUCUAUUACAUUAAAAUUAUAAUAAUAAUAAUCAAAGUAUGGAACCAUUUUAUAGAUAUUUAUUCUUCUCUUAAGGCGUCUAGAACCUGUUUCGAUUGUAUUUAUGGGUUCGAGGUUGAACAAGAGGUAUUAGAUUUUCUGGGUUACUUUGCUUUUGGGCGGAGAUUACACUUUUUCACAGUUAUGGUUUCUUAGAAUAAAAAAAAAAAGGGUAGGUGGGUCGUAGGUAUAUAUCUUUAACUCUUACAUUGUCUGAACUAGUUAGACUCUCUUUGCUCAUUUUCUUUCAAUCUUUGAUCUCUCUCUCUCUCUCUCUCUUCCAAAACUCUCUCUUUUCUAUAUUAUACACACGCAAAAAUACAUACAUAGAUAAAUUAUUAUUCAGCUGGUUUGGAGCUUUUGGGAGUGCUCAUCAAAAUUUAAGUGUUUUGGUGUUUGUGUUCAAAGGCUUGACUUGUUGGGAAGCUGUAGUACUGUAUUGGAAGAAGUAGUAAUCAGGAAUCAGUGAAGCUUUCUACUUUAUACUAAUCACAGCUUGUUCUAGUGCUUUUUACCCUAUAUAUCUUUUUGGGUUGCUAAUUCUUGAAGAGAGGUACAUUAGUUGGUGAGAGAAUAGGCAGUUGGGAAAAACAUAAAUUAGAGUUUUGACUAAGUGGGUUUUCUGAUUUUUGGGGGAGACAAAAAAAUGAGGGGUGGCAGACGGAGGAUGCUGCAUUUCAGCAAGAUCUACUCAUUUACAUGUGGGAAAGCAUCUUUCAAAGAAGACCAUUCACAGAUUGGGGGACCAGGCUUUUCCAGGGUUGUUUACUGCAACGACCCAGAUUGCUUUGAGGCCGGAAUUCGUCAUUACAGUGACAAUUAUGUUAGUACCACAAAGUAUACACUUGCCACUUUCUUACCCAAAUCAUUGUUUGAGCAAUUCAGGAGAGUGGCCAAUUUUUACUUUUUGGUCACUGGGAUUUUGGCUUUUACUCCAUUGGCUCCUUACACGGCUGUCAGUGCAAUCGCUCCUUUGGUUGUCAUUGUUGGGUUGACUAUGAUCAAGGAAGGUGUUGAGGACUGGCGAAGAAAGAAGCAGGAUAUCGAGGUGAACAAUAGAACUGUCAAAGUGAGAAAACAAGAUGGUACAUUUGGUUCUACUGAAUGGAAAACUCUGAAGGUGGGAGAUGUAGUGAAGGUGGAAAAAAAUGAAUUCUUUCCGGCAGACCUACUCUUGCUUUCGUCCAGCUAUGAAGAUUCAAUUUGUUAUGUUGAGACCAUGAACCUUGAUGGAGAGACGAAUUUAAAGUUAAAGCAAGGUUUAGAGGUAACUUCAUUUUUACAUGAAGAUUCUAACUUCCAGGAUUUUAGAGCUGUUGCUAAAUGUGAGGAUCCAAAUGCAAAUUUGUACUCAUUUGUUGGAACUUUUGAAUUUAAAGAGGAGCCCUAUGCACUUACUCCUCAGCAACUUCUUCUCAGAGACUCUAAACUCCGAAAUACAGACUACAUAUAUGGGGUUGUUGUUUUCACUGGUCAUGACACAAAGGUUCUUCAAAAUUCUACUGACCCUCCUUCGAAGAGAAGCAAGGUUGAGCGGAAAAUGGAUCAAAUUAUCUACUUUUUGUUUGCUCUUUUGUUUUUUAUGGCUACUGUUGGGUCUAUUCUCUUUGGUAUUAUUACCAAAGAUGAUUUGGAGGAUGGAACCAUAAAAAGAUGGUAUCUACAACCAGAGAAUUCUACAAUUUUCUUUGAUCCUAGGAGAGCACCUGCUGCAGCAAUCUAUCACUUUUUAUCAGCCCUGAUGUUAUAUAAUACCUUUAUCCCGAUAUCUUUGUAUGUAUCAAUAGAAAUUGUCAAAGUUCUUCAGACCAUCUUCAUUAACCAAGAUAUUCACAUGUACUAUGAAGAAGCUGACAAACCAGCACAUACGCGUACUUCGAAUUUAAAUGAAGAGCUUGGUCAAGUUGACACCAUACUUUCUGAUAAGACGGGUACCUUAACAUGCAAUUCAAUGGAGUUCAUCAAGUGUAGUGUGGCUGGGACAGCUUAUGGCCGUGGUUUUUCAGAGGUUGAGAAGGCUAUGGAUAAAAGAAUCGGUUCGCCUUUAAUUGAAGAAAAUAUUAAGGUUUGGAAAAAUUCAGAGGAUUCAUCUGACCAAAAGGUGCCUGUCAAAGGCUUCAAUUUUAAGGAUGAAAGGAUCAUGAAUGGGAACUGGGUAAAUGAGCCACAUGCAGAUGUUAUUCACAAGUUUCUUCGUGUAUUGGCAAUUUGCCAUACAGCAGUACCGGAGGUGGAUGAAGAUUCUGAGAAGAUCACAUAUGAGGCUGAAUCACCAGAUGAAGCAGCAUUUGUAAUUGCGGCAAGAGAACUGGGUUUUGAGUUUUACAAAAGAACACAGAGUAGCAUAUCAAUAUAUGAGUUAGAUCAAGACUCUGGCCAGAAGGUUGAAAGGGUAUAUGAACUUCUGAAUGUUUUAGAAUUCAAUAGUGCAAGGAAACGAAUGUCUGUGAUAGUAAGAAAUGAGGAAGGAAAGAUAAUAUUAUUUUGUAAAGGUGCUGACAGUGUCAUGUUUGAAAGGCUAGCCAGUAAUGGUAGAAAGUUUGAAGAAUUAACCAUGGAGCAUGUGAAAGAGUACGCUGAGGAAGGGCUUCGGACCCUAAUACUAGCCUAUCGUGACCUUGAUGAACAAGAGUAUAGACAUUUAGAAGAGAAAUUUUUAAUGGCCAAAAGUUCAGUUAGCGCAGAUCGGGAAGCACUGAUGGAUGAAGUAGCUGAGGAGUUUGAGAGGGAUUUAAUUCUUCUUGGUGCAACUGCUGUUGAAGACAAACUUCAAAAUGGGGUUCCUGAAUGCAUUGACAAACUUGCUCAAGCUGGAAUAAAGAUUUGGGUAUUAACCGGGGACAAGAUGGAGACUGCCAUUAAUAUUGGUUUUGCUUGUAGUUUGCUUCGACAAGAAAUGAACCAGAUUAUAAUUAGUUUGGAUAGUCCAGAAAUUCUAGCACUGGAAAAGGCUGAAGAUAAGAGUGCAAUUUCCAAGGCAUCAAAGGAGAGUGUCCUUCUCCAAAUAAAAGAUGGAAAAGCACAGAUAAAUGCUGCAGCAAGUGUUGGUUCUGUGGCAUUUGCUUUAAUCAUUGAUGGGAAAUCACUUGCUUAUGCACUAGAGGAUGAUAUGAAGAAACUGUUUCUAGAGCUUGCCACUGCUUGUGCAUCUGUUAUUUGUUGUCGUUCUUCACCAAAACAGAAAGCACUGGUUACAAGACUUGUGAAAUCUGGAACUGGAAAAACGACACUAGCCAUUGGCGAUGGUGCUAAUGAUGUAGGAAUGCUUCAAGAAGCAGAUAUUGGGAUUGGAAUCAGUGGAGUUGAGGGAAUGCAGGCAGUCAUGUCAAGUGAUAUCUCCAUUGCACAGUUUAGAUAUUUGGAGCGUCUGCUUCUUGUGCAUGGGCAUUGGUGUUAUAGACGGAUUUCAUCUAUGAUAUGCUAUUUCUUCUACAAGAAUAUUACUUUUGGUUUCACUCUCUUCUUAUACGAGGCACACGCAUCGUUUUCUGGACAACCUGCCUACAAUGAUUGGUUUUUGUCGCUUUAUAAUGUUUUCUUCUCCUCACUUCCGGUUGUUGCUUUGGGAGUCUUUGACCAAGACGUAUCUGCACGGUUUUGCCUCAAGUUUCCUCUAUUAUACCAAGAAGGGGUGCAGAAUGUCCUCUUCAGCUGGCGUCGAAUACUGACCUGGAUAUUGAAUGGGUUAGUAAGUGCCGUGAUUAUUUUCUACUUCUGUACCAAAUCAUUGGAUCUGCAAGCGUUUAACGAGGAAGGAAUGACUGCCGGGAGAGAUAUAUUAGGGGCAACAAUUUACACGUGCAUUGUCUGGGUGGUGAAUUUGCAGAUGGCAGUGGCUAUAUCUUACUUCACCAUGAUACAACAUAUUUUCAUAUGGGGUUCUAUAGCUUUUUGGUACAUUUUCCUCCUUAUAUAUGGAGCCAUGUCUCCCAACUUCGCCACCACUGCAUACAAAAUCUUCAUCGAAACUCUUGCCCCAACUCCGUCCUACUGGUUUGUCACACUCUUUGUGGUGAUCUCAGCUCUAAUUCCUUACUUUACAUUCUCUGCGAUUCAGAUGCGCUUCUUCCCCAUGUAUCAUGGAUUGAUACAAUGGAUUAGGCAUGGUGGGCAAUCAAAUGAUCCUGAGUACUACAAAAUGGUUCGACAGAGAUCGUUAGGACCCACAACAGUUGGUUUCACAGCCCGGUUGGAGGCAAAGAGUAACAGCAGUAAAAGCAAUAAAAGCAUAAAUAAAAACCUCACAUGAAACUAGUGGUUGGCUGUGAAGUGUGAAGGGCUACCUAUAUAGCUUAAUGGUCAGGGAUUCCUUCAGAAUUUUGAUUCCCUGAUCUUAUAGUUGCUAGAUGAUUAUGUACAGUACUGUAGCAUAUGUUAGAUUGGUUAGGAAAACUAGGAAUACCUUGUAAAGUUUGAUUCUUUUUGCCUUCUUGGGCUGCAAAUUUGUGUUGUUAGUGGCUAUGCAUUUUUGUACCACUGCCGAAAUGUAUGUAAUAUAGAAAUGAGGAAUUCAUAGUUAGAAUAUCACAAGUAUUGUAUUUCUUUGACAGUAAUAAGAAACGGUUUUCCAUUGGUGUUCAUAUGGAAUCUUUUCUAUGUACUUUUUCUUUUUGAAUCAAUCUAUCAUUGUUUCAUAUCAUUUAUUAUUAAUGGACCGUGCAGACGUUGUACGUAAAGAAAAAAAGUACAUCAUGACCGUUGAUAGACCUGGCAUAACUACCACUUACAUUGGAAUUAAUAUUUUAUAAUGAUGCAUCUGUGUGACAUAUUUGGAAGUGUUUUUUCUCCAUGUAUACUUGAUUUCUUCAUGAUUGAUUAGUAAUAUACUAAUAUGAAUUGACAAUAAAGUUUUAGUCAAACUUCAAUGAGUAGUUUUUUCUUUUUCUUGUUCUCACUUACUUUCCCAGAAACCUUCCUCUUACAAUUAUAUGUAUAAACAAAACAAGUAAGCAAAGCCUUUUUGGUGGGAUCAUUGGAGUCCUAAUUAAUCAUUUUCUCAAACUGAAAAAAAACAAAAUAAAAAACUCAAUAAUAAUGCACAACAUAAUGUAAUCUAUCCCAAAAAAAAAUCAAUUCUCACAUUACAACCUCGUACAUAGAAUCAUAAAUAUGGAGGUAAAAUGAGAAAAGUUAAUGAGUGAGAUUAAUUAAUUCAAAUUACAAGUGAUGAAUUCAUUUUUAUAGUCCACCCACCACCCCAUCAUCAAACAUGGAUAUUACAAAUUCAAAAAUAUCUUACAUCGCAUAAUAAUCAUACAUAUACACGAACACAUACAUACAUAUAUGUAUAAUUAAAGGCAAAUUAGAUCUACCCAAUUAAUCAAUUAGAUGGAUCAAAGUCCAAGAAAAUCAGCAGCAGAUCUAGCCAUAAUGGUAGCGAAUUCAUUAAAACUCAAAACGCCGUCGUUAUUAGUAUCAGCCUCUCUCAUCAUCUCCGUAAGCUCCCUAUAAGUCAAAGGAUGACCCAUCUUAGCCAUCGAUCCGGCGAGUUCCGCCGCUGUGAUAUAGCCGUUACCGUCGCGAUCGAAGGAACGGAAGACCUCCAAGAGCUGGUCCUGGUUGACGAGGACCUGGUCGUUGAUAUCAGGGAGAAUAGCUUGAACAAGCUCCUCGAACUCAAUGGCGCCAUUACCAUUGGCAUCGAUGUUGGCGAGCAUGGCGUGGAGUUGAUCCCCGGUGGGCUUUAGGCCCAAUGAUCGGAGAAGGGCCGCCAGCUCCAAAUGGGUAAGGCUGCCGUCGGCGUCCAUGUCGAAACGAGCAAAGAUUUGCUUCAGCUGAAGGAGCUGGUCCGAUUGGAGAGACGCCAUGACCAUUUUCGGUGGCUUCUAAUCCAAAACAGAGAAAAGUUUCGAUUGUUUAUUUUUAUGAAAUUGUUUGUUAAAGACGAAGGGUUGU